CAGACAGUGGGUAAACACCGCUGGUAGCUUGAACACACACACAUACAUACACAUAUACAGAUGCAUUAACGUACACACUGAUCCAUACAGCUCCAGACUGGAAACUUAGGACAACCUGCCCCUGUUGAGCAGCUCUUGAACAAUAGGAUUUUCUCGUCAGCUGGCUCCAUGGCUCUGUUGUACGCUGCAGUUUUGAUUCUGCUGUGUUUUUGUGAGUCUGCCUCCACCACUGUUGACCUGGAAUAUGGAGGUGUUCCCCUGUGGAUCAAUCGCCUGCUGGGUGAGCCCAGCGUACUGAGCCUGAAGGGAAGGAUAGACCCAGCCUGGUUCAGGGCCAACAACCCCCAGGCGUGUCCUCAGCAGUGUGAUUGCCCCAUCCAGUGGCCCACAGCGCUGUACUGUGACCACAGAGGUCUGGCAGACGUCCCUGAGCAGCUGCCCAACAGGAUUCAGUACUUGUUUCUACAGGCCAACAACAUCUCGUCCCUGUCGUCCACUUUUCUGGUCAACAUCACAGGGCUGCGAUGGCUCAUUCUGGACCACAACCAGCUGCAGAACGACAAGCUGGACCUGGACGCCCUGCAGAACCAAACUGAGCUAUGCUACUUGUUUGCCAACCACAACCACCUGACAUCAGUGCCCAGUUCUCUGCCAGCUGGACUCAUGCAGCUGCGACUGGCCCACAACCAAAUCAGCAGCAUCAGCCCUGGAGCUUUCCAGAACCUGCACAACCUGACGCUGCUGCUGCUGCAGGGAAAUAAACUGCAAACCAUAAGUGAGGGAGACCUCAAAGGUCUAAUCAGACUCAACCUGUUGGACCUCAGUGGGAACUUGUUCACAUCUGUCCCUAAAAAUCUACCAUCCACCAUCCAGCAGCUGUAUCUAUCCAACAACUCCUUAUCUGCUUUGAGCGAGGACAGUUUUGAAGGAUUACAUCAACUUAAGUACCUUCGUCUGGGUCAGUGCAAACUCCAGAGUCACAGCGUCCACCAGAUGGUCUUCAACUUGCCCAGCUUAGUGGAACUGGAUCUCUCCUAUAACAAACUGACUACCACUCCCACAGUCCCCACCAGCCUGCAGUAUCUGUACCUGGAGGCCAAUCAAAUCCAAGAGUUCAACACGACCAGUUUCUGUAGAGAGGUGGGACCGUUGAACUACUCCAGGAUGAAGAUCCUACGAUUGGACGGAAACAAGAUUUCCCACAAUCAGCUUCCCCCCGACUGGGUUUUCUGUCUGCGAGUACUUCAACAUAUCUACAUCUGACUCAUCUGUUAAACAAUCAAAUCAGGAUCACUGUAUGUUUCUAUUUUAUGAUUAUUGAUUAGUUAGUUAGGCUUGUAUUUUGUGAACUACAAUUGCCAAAAACCAAACAUGUCUUUAUUGUGUUCAACAGCACCUAGAAACACGGCCAAACGCUGAAGGGAAUUAAGGAAGAAUUGACCUUCAAAGCAGCCAGAGGAUUACCGUAUACACUAAGUACUGUCGAAUACAGUGUUGUAUUUAAACGCCAAAAGAUUUGAUCAAAAACAUUUCUCAUACCGCUAGACUAUUCCCAUGGGUUCUCGAUCUCACUGAAUAUUGUCCAGGUUCUGCCUCAGCAGGGUUGUGCAUCUGCGUGUUAUUACUGAAUAGGAACUGUGACAAACCCUCUCCUGUCUGACUGUUCAGGAUGAUGUGCACUGGUUAAACUGAGCUGUCAGUGCAUGAGGGCAAAGGGAAACAUGUAUGAAUGGCAAAACCCAGUAGCUUACCCAGGAGACCAUCUGACUCAUUUGGUUGGAUGGUCUUCAACAGCCACACCAGUCCACGCACAUGCUACAUAAACAUGACCAUGAACAUGAACAUGAACAAGAAUAUGAUUAGAUUCAACCAUGGAGAACGCUGAAAUCUGUGUCCCUGUAUGACCUUUUGGUAAAAUGAGCAUUUGUGAGGCUGAAUUGAAUACUUUUAGGUAUGAAACUCUAAGAAGUACAGAAGAAUUUGUUAUCAACCAAAUUAAUUAUAUUGCUGUUAAUGUUUCUAACUGAAAACAAACAU